AUGAAUAAACAAUUUACAUUGAUAUCCAAAUGCAGUGCAUAUGAGGAAUUGAUCAAGAUCAAAGCCUUACCAGGCAGUAGCGAAGCUACGCUAGCUUCUAUCUUCGAUAAAGUGAAAAAGGAAUUCAACGACGUUAAGGCCGACUUGCUAAAUAUUGAAAAGGUAAUUAAAAGUGAUAUAGCCGCUGAAAUCAAACAAGCAGAGGCCUUAGAAUCCAAAUCAAAAUCAUCUGAUAGAAAGGUACGAAACUCCUAUAAGAAACUGAUCAAAGUAAGGUCUAGAGCUUAUGAUACGGAAGGUAACCUUAGAGCAUUACUAGAGCAGAAACGAGGUGUACUACAAAUAAGUAAUGAAGUUGACAAUAUAAAUGAGCUGCUUAAAAAAAUUUUAGUCGAUAUCGAUGAAAUAGACUCAAAUCUUCCCGUAACAGAUCAAUUAUUUAACGCAAAUUCCAUCAACAGGGAACAUUAUCCGCUAUUAUUUAAACUUCUGUCCCAAGCCCAUCCUGAAAAGUUUGAGCAAAUUACUAACCUAACUCCAAGCUCUGCUACCAGUGAACCUUCAUCCGAGAUACUACAAUAUGCAUCGACUGAACAACAGUCUGCAACUAGAACAAUUGUGCCGUCAAUGCACAGUACGAAAAAAGUUAAGCCAACUUUUAUCUUAUCUUCAUUGAGAAAAAUAGAGCCUUCCACCGCCAUUUCAUUUGAGACAGUGACAGCAACUGAUAAGAUAAGUAUAAAAAGCUUGAGAGAAUCUAAUUAA